AUGAAGACACACAUUACAAAGGUUCAUUGUUUACAGCCUCUCGCUAAACAACAACAACAACAACAACAACAACAACAGCAAAUGGCAGCACAACACGUGACGCACUGGGAGAGCGGUCUCUGGGACUGCUUUGAGGAAGCGAAUACCUGUUGCUAUGGUUUCUGGUGCUGCCCGUGCCUCGCCUGCACGGUUUCAAAACGAUUCGGAGAGAACCGCUGCCUCCCCCUGUGUGACAUCUUCAGCAUGGCCCUCGUAACGGGCCUGGGGGUCCCGCUGGUGGCGCCCCCUGCUGUGCUGUCGCUGAGGGUCGCCAUGAGGCACCGAUACGGCAUCAAGGGAUCCAUCUGUAAGGACAUCACCGUCGCCUGUUGCUGCUGCUGGUGCUCCUGGUGUCAGAUGCAUCGAGAGAUAAAGCGUCGCACGACACCCUUGACCGUCGUCAUGGUGCAGCAGCCGAGCGUCGUGCAGCUGCAGCCGAGCGCCAUGCAGCUGAGCGCCGUGCAGCUGCAGCCGAGCGCCGUGCAGCCGAGCGUCGUGCAGCUGCAGCCGAGCGUCGUGCAGCUGCAGUCGAGCGUCGUGCAGCUGCAGCCGAGCGUCGUGCAGCUGCAGCAACCGAGCGUGGUGCAUCUGCAGCAGCCGAGCGUGGUGCAUCUGCAGCAGCCGGCUCCGGUGCUGAUGGGUCCUGAACACCCGCCGCCGGCUGGUUUCGUGAUCUAACCGUGAGGGAUCUCCACGCCACACGGAGCUCUUUGAGGUCUUUCCUGGUCCGGUCAGCUGUAUUUACCAGUGAAAAUUAAAAGAUCAUUUUUUUUAAUCGUG